AUGAAAGUUAUUGCUUCGUCGGAGAGUAUUAAGGUUCCUACCAAUGUGAAGGUGACCGUAAAUUCACGCGUUGUAACUGUUAAAGGAAAACGGGGAACUCUUAGGCGUAAUUUCCGUCACCUUGCCGUGGAUAUUAAAGCCACCAACCGCAAGGUUACGGUUACCAAGUAUUUUGGUGUCCGCAAAGAGUUAGCUGCUGUGCGCACAGUGUGCUCUCACAUUGAGAACAUGAUUAAGGGUGUUCAAUUUGGCUUCCAAUACAAAAUGCAAACCCUUCACGCCCAUUUCCCCAUCAACAUUAUUGUGCCUGAGGGAGGGAAUGUGGUUCAUAUCAAGAACUUCCUUGGUGAAAAAACCACUAGAACAAUUCCAAUGGCGCCAGGCGUUAAGGCGAUCACCGAGAGCUCUGGCUCAGACGCUCUCCUUAUCCAAGGCAAUGAUCUUGAGAGUGUGUCCAAAUGCGCCGCUCUUAUUCAACAAUCCUGCGCUGCUCGUCAUAAGGAUAUCCGAAAAUUCUUGGAUGGUGUGUACGUUUCUGCUCGUGGCACCGUGGAAGAGAUGAAUUAA